GCCCGUUGGGGGGCGGGGACCUCAACUUCCUCUUCAGUCCGCUCCGUCCUGCGUCCUCGCUCCGGCCGCGGGGCAGCCGCUCCGCACGAUGGACCAGACGCUGCGGGCGUUCCUGGGCGCCGAGCCCGGCCCGGUCCGGCUGGGCCAGGAGUUCCAGGACAUCAGGGCCCAAGCCAGCGCCUUCCGGCAGCAACAGGGGUUCUCCGCGGAGGCUGGGGGCAGGAAAGAAAAUAUCAAGAAGAAUCGGUAUAAAGACAUCCUGCCAUAUGAUCAGACCCGGGUCGUUCUGAAUCUCUGCACGGACGAAGGGCAGACGGACUAUAUCAAUGCCAGUUUCAUCCAGGGGGUAAAUAACAAGAGAUGCUACAUCGCGACCCAGGGGCCGCUGCCUCACACCGUCCUGGAUUUCUGGCGCAUGAUUUGGGAAUACGGGGUGAAGGUAAUUGCCAUGGCCUGUCGGGAGGUGGAGAUGGGGAAGAAAAAGUGUGAACGCUACUGGCCGCUGAAGCAAGAAUCGCUGCAGAUCGGGCCCUUCUCCAUCGUCCAGAUCAAGGAGCAGGAGCUGAAUCCGGACGUGAUCGUCCGCACGCUGAGCGUCGGCUUCCAGAACGAGGAGCGGCCCCUCACCCAUUUCCAGUACGUGGCCUGGCCGGACCGCGGGAUCCCCGACAAUUACAGCCAUUUCCUGGAGAUGAUCGACCACGUGCGAUUGAAACAGGGGGACGACUCAGCCCCCAUCUGCGUGCACUGCAGCGCUGGCUGUGGCCGGACCGGCGUGAUCUGCAUCCUGGAGCACGUGAGACACCUCCUCCUCCAACAGAGCAUCCCCCCGAAUUUCAGCAUUUUUGACAUCGUCCUAGCGAUGAGAAAGCAGAGACCGUCGGCCGUCCAGACGCUGGAGCAGUACGAGUUCCUGUUCCACGCCGUGGCCGAGAUGUUCCGCUCCGCCCUGGCCACCGCCAAGUACGAGAACCUCAAGGAGAACCAGCUGCCCCUGUACGACGACGCCGUGUCCCUGCGCCACCCCGCGCCCCUUGGCAAACACAGCAGCGUCUUACGGAGCAUCUCGGUGCCGUCCGAGCCCACCCCGGACCUGCCCCCUAAGAUGAGUGACACCUACGCGGUGGUGAACAAGUUCCGCCGGGGGGGCGGGCCGGCAGCGGCCUCCUCCCGGCAGACCAGGCCUGGCGGGGGCAGCCCCGAGUGGUCCCCCAUCGACCCCAGCGGCUUCGGGGGGCUGCAGGCCCACUCCCUGCCCGGGAGCCCCGUGAAACGCCUGCCACCCAGCCCCAGCUGCGAAUACACCCCCAACUCCACCAGCGCAGGUGACGCCAGCCCCCGGGGCCCCCCUUCGCCCUGCCCCAGCCAUGGGAAGACCGUGCUGCACAGCGUGAAACCCCUG